UCUCUCACUCUCUUUUUAGCAACAAAAAUUCAGCCAUGGCUGAGCAAGUCCAAGAAACAUCGCCGCAAGUGGUGAACAAGAACACGAGAUUGGGAGAGACUGACGUCCAAGAUUGCAGUCUAUGGCAUCGCUUGAUCUCCCGUCAAGAGUUGGAAAUCGAUGACCAGAAAGAUGUUAUUUGCUGCCUGUGCAGCCGACCAUUAUCGGGAAGUCCCUUCUACAAAUGCUUGAAAUGCAAUUUCCGCCAACAUAAAUCAUGCAUUGACCGACCACCCGGCAUAGAUCUUGAAAUCGAAGAUAAAUAUUGCUGGAAACGACAUCACUUGAUGCUCAUAGCCAUAGACAUCACUAUUAACGUUGUUUGCUCGGGAUGCAAGGAACCAAUAUUCGGUUUCGCCUAUAAAUGCUCCGUACCCGAAUGCGCCUUCUUUCUCCACAAAUUGUGCGGUGAUGGAUUGAAAGCGAUUCGGCACUUUAUGUGGCACCCAGAUCACUUCCUUCUUCUACAGCAGCCAUCAGCGGGUGAUAAAUAUUGUUCUGUUUGCCGCAAAAAUUGCAACGGGUCCUUCUUUUACCGUUGCGGCCUCUGUUCUUUCAACCUGGACGUCGUAUGUGCUUUGCGCUGGAGAACCAACGCCGACUAUUGCCUCAAACACAAACUUCUCCCCUUGCGGAAGGGGAUACAGUUGACUUGCGAAUCUUGUGGCAGGGAAGCCGAGGAUGACGGCUGCAUAUGUAGCGAAUGUCGAGUCUUGAUUCAUGGUAAGUGUGAUCGAUUUCCCCCCACCAUCAACACUAAUACACAUGAUCACUCUCUCGUUCGCACCUAUUCUCUAAUUUGUCAAGUCAAAAAACAGUACAACGUGUUCUGUAAACUCUGUUAUAAAAAGGUGAGAACAAAGUAUGCAGCUUAUUUUUGUCGGGAAUGUGGUUAUGUUGCCCACUUGAAAUGUGCAAAAGAUCAGCAAAGCUAUAAUGGCCAGGCCAGUAAUUCUGUUGAAUACCUACCUCAUUUGGUUCAUUUGGUCGAGGGAAUCGGUCUAGCGGAAGACCAAAAGGUUGGUCCUAGGGAGAUCAAGCAUUUCAGUCAUCCACAACAUCACUUAAUCCUCACAGAUGAAAAGCUCAUGGACGACACGCGUUGUGAGGGGUGUAUGCAUAUGAUCAUUGACGCCCCGUUUUACGGAUGUGUCCAAUGCAAUUUUUUUCUUCAUAAUAGAUGUGCUAAACUACCCUUAACGAUUAAACGAGGGCUAUUUCAUAAACAUUCACUCACCCUCCUCUCUCAGGCACCAUCUAAGGAUGAAUCGUUUUGGUGUGAUACUUGUGAGCGUGAUCGCCAUGGCUUCACCUAUAUGUGUGACAAAUGUGAAUACAACUUAGACGUUCAAUGUUGUUUAAUUCCGGAAACCCUUACACAUGAAGGUCACCAACACCCUCUCUUUCUUGCUGUAAGACGUUAUAAAACUUGCAAUGCUUGCGGUGAAAAGAGUACUGGUAGUAAUAUCUUUGUGUGCCAAAAAUGCAACUUCAAGUUAUGUAUUAGAUGCGCAACUCUUCCACUUGCAGGUAAGUAUCAGUGUCAUACACAUCUCCUACACCUCUCCUAUGCAAGUGAAGAUGAUUCGAAAGAAUAUUAUUGUAUGAUCUGUGAAGAAGAAAGAGAGCAUCCAGAUUAUUGGUUUUAUCAUUGUGUAAAAUGUAAGUUUACUGCUCAUACUCGAUGUAUUAUUGGGGAGAAUCCAUGCAUCAAGUUUGGAAAAACUUACGUAGAUGAAGCUCACCAACAUCCUCUCAAAUUUGUUCAAAAGUCUCAGCAUUCCCCUCCAUGCGAUGCCUGUGGCAAGUUCUUUGACGGUGUGGCUCUGGAGUGCACUCAAUGCAAAUUCAAUAUCCAUCCGAGAUUUUGUUGGGGGGGAUAUUGUUUAGAAAAAUAUUUUUCAGAUCUGUGACGAUGUGGCUCUAAGAAAAUUAUUUUUCUUAGCUUAAUUAGUCAAGUAUAUUUUCACGUGUUUGAAAGAUCGAGAGACCUCUAGAACCUCAGUCUAUAUAAUCUUGUGUAUAUUUGUAUUUGUUUGUAUGUCUACCUUCCAACGUUAAUAGAAAAAAAACUUGCUUCACA